UAGACAAUGGACUCCAAUGAUGUGUUUGAAGAGGAAAUUCUGCAGAUAACAGAUAAAGAUGAAGACCUCCUUUGUGGCAAAGUAUUUGCCAAGAAUUUUAGAAGCAAAUGUUUUAUCAAGACUAAAUUUCAUGAUUGCUUUAUAGAAAAAAUGACAAUAGCCAGAAUAACAAGCAGUCAGAGGCAGACAUUAGUAGGCAUUGAAGGGAUCGGAAAGUCUUCAUCUGCAAUGUACUAUGUCCUUAGUUGUAGAAAAAAGGGGGACAAUGGCAUUCACUAUGUUGACUUGAAUGUAAUUGAAGCAAUCGAUAAAAACCUAGAAAAAUUUACGCUUUUUGCAGACAAUGUGACUUGUAAUGAUUGUUUAGUAGUAGAUCAUGUGACAUUAUCUAAUAUGCCAUUAGUGAAGAAAAUUGCAGACGUCACUAUAUAUACACAAAUCAUAUUAAUUGAGUCCGGUUUUACUGCUUGUGCACAUACAACAACUGGUGUUGACUUUGGUAAAGAUCUUCAACUAGAUUUAGAUGAGUUUAAGAAGAUAUGGACUGGAUCUCUUUCAGUACAAACUAAAGGAUUAUCAAUGUUUCUUGAAGGUCAUAAAGGUUCAUCCUUAUUUCUUGAAGGUCACAAGGUUUAUCAUGAAUUGAAAAACCAAUUAAUUGUAACACCCAAACUAUUGCAUAGUACUUUAGAUGAUAUGAUGUUGCACAAUUUAAAAACUGAAGCCGUCCUUUACUCUGCAAAAUGUAGAUUACGGGAAGAGAUAGCUGUUUUUAACCUUGAUGUUAAACAUUCUCAGGAGGAAAGAUUCAUAUUAGAUACAAAAACCCUCCUGGAGUUAAUUAAGAAUCAUGCUGAUGGGUUUACCACCACACUUUUUACUUUACAAGAAUUCAAGAUAGCAAUUAAUAUUUUUGAUGUCCAAAUUAAUGUGGUAACCAGGCAAGUUCUGAAGGAAAACUAUAGAUUAUUUGAGCUUGAGCUUACAGAGGGUGAUGUUUAUGUAGUUAUAAGUCAAUUGCAACCCUCUCUUCAUUCAUUUUGGAAUGAAAAGUUCCCUUUUAAUUCCAAAGAAGUGACAAGUCAUACUGACAACUGUUCAAAAGAUGUUCUUGAAAGGAUAAUUUUUUAUGGAGGUAUGCAAAAAGAAUUUGAGACAGCGAUUGUUAAAUUUCAAGCAGAAAAUAACAUAGUGUUCGUUCCUGAUAGAGAUGUCUUCACAGAUACAGACAGUGUUGAAAAACCUGGUAAAUGUGAGAUUAAGCAGUGUAUAGGGAUUAUAAAGCAGAGACAUGGUUUACAAUGUUUGAAACCUGAUCAAGAUAAAUUGAUGGAAUAUUCUGAUGAAAUGACCAAUAGGUAUGAUAAACCUGUAAGGAAUGUGCACAGAACAGCUCUUUUCCUGAAAGAUGAAAUAAAAAAAAAUAGAGAUCAAACAUUACUUGUUUAUCCCUCUAUCAUGUCUAUUCAGAAUCUGGUUGGCUUCAGUUAUUUCUUGUAUACUGCAAAUACUCAUUUACAAUGUGGCAUUGACGAGGAAUCCGGUGGCAGUGUUCCGGUAAAAAGAAAACGGAGUGAAGGAACUUUGUUUUUGGUUCGAGUCUCAACAGGAUUCUCGCACACGGGACUAACAAUGCACAAUGCCUUAAAAGUAUUCAGAAACACCUUGAAAGAAGUAUCUCUUCACGCAGUUGUCUUGAUUGCUACAAAGAGUAGUGGUCCUUAUACAUUAACAGGGAACUGUAGUUUUAAGCAUCUAUCUAUUGUCAACAUAGGUCACCAACAUUAUAUGAAAUAUUUAAAGUUGUGUCUUAUGGUAGAGGAUUAUUCAGUUAUCCAUGCAAUAUUAACAAGCUCUGAUGAAGUGAGGAAUGAAAGAAUCUUUUCACUUGUUCAAAAGAUAACCAGGAAUGGUAAUUGAGCCAGGUUCAAUAUAUUGUGUGGCAGACAUAACUCUGAACUUUCAACAGUAUCUCAAAGUACAGUUUUCAAAGGUGGUUUAAUAUUCAACAGAACUCUAAAAUAAGACUUUCACUGAAAACUCUAUCUGAUUUUUUUUGCAUAUAUCAGUUCAAAGUGAGGGCUAGAGAUUUAAAUUAUCAGGAUUAUAGAUAUGGAAAAGUGAAUAAAAUAUAACUAUUU